GAGUGUGUGGCUGGUGUGACUGCACGCUCCAUCCAUGCUCCAUGUGAGUGAGUGACAUGCGCGUAUUUUGAUGGAGGGUCUUGCCCUGCCUCCUCCUUAUCAUGUGCUGUUGUCCGUGGGGAGUUGGGGACAGUGAGCGUUGGUUGUGGGGUGGCCAAUGGGACCAUCCCUCCGUUUUACCUUUCUCAUGUCAUGCAUGCUUUCUGUGCUCUGACUGAGCUGGCAGUCCACUGAGUUCUUCCAGCUAGCCAACAGGUGUACGUACGUAUGUGGGUUUUGUGUAGGUGGUACAAUCAAUAACCACAUCCCACAUGGAUCCCCGAAUGAGACUCUCAGUUCGGCAUUGAUUGGGAUGUCCCAUUCCCACUGGAUUCAGUUCCAGAAACACGUAUGAUGCCAGUCAGAGUCAUGGCUAUCGAUUCGAUUCAUAACCAAAUUUGAAGCGAGUCAAGUCAGCCAACCAUGGACCCGCCCACGGAUCCGCCGACGGAUCCCCACGACGAGUGGCAAGACGUAACCCAAGUCGAAUUGGCCCUACCCACCCACCACGCCCCGCUCAACUCGUCCUUGUUAGCCUCCGCGCCACCCGUCCUCCCGCGUGAGACGCCCCUAAUCACACCCAACCGUUGGGUGGACCACUUCCGAAGUUCCAUGACCGACCCGCCCAAUGUCGAUGACUUGCUCCUAACCCGUCGACAACGCACCCUGUCUCGAUUGAUGCCUUGUAUGAAGACAUCGCCCUCACCCAUGUACAAAUCUCAUUUACAAGUAGCGGUUCACAUGGCUCAAAGUAAGCGCCAGGCCGCUUUCAACAACGAUGAUCCCACCCACUUUCAGACUUUGCAGACCAUUUACAAGCAGUUGACCGGGGAUCUUGUAGAUUGUCCCCGAUUCGGUUCCCAUUGGGAGGAGAUUGGCUUUCAGGGCAAUGAUCCUGCCACGGACCUCCGAGGUGUGGGUUGCUUGGGAUUGUUGCAACCUUUGGCCAUGCUCAUGAACCCCGAGAUGUAUGCGCUGAUCCGGAAGAUCCAUGCGCUUUCCCGGGAUGAGCGCCAAGAUUUCCCGUUCAUGGUUUUGUCCAUCAAUAUCACGCGAAUCGCUUUUGACGCCCUCCGAAAGCAAACCAUAAAGAAGUACAUAUUGCGAGAUGUGGACCAAUUCUUUGACCGCUUUAACUACUAUUUUGCCAGCCUAUUAUUUCACUUCUUUCACGUUUGGCGGACGGAGCAAAAGACCAUCAAGGAUUCGGGCUAUGUACUAAAAGAUCUAGAGCAACUUUCUCUAAAGAAAUCGGAUUUUCUCCUCGAACGUCUGGAACAGCAUUUAACAACGUACUCCAAGAGUGAUAUUCAAAAAGCAAAAGCCAACAUGGAUCGACGAACAGGAAUCGCGACGCGGUAGUCGAUGGCAAGAUGACAAUAGCCAAGUCAAUGAGACCAAUUCAUUAUUUGCUUUAUUAAAACGUAAUGUAUGUCAA